CCAGCAGGGCGUGUGGUAAGUCGGUCUGUGGAGCGACAUCUGGACCGGACUCACGCUGCUCGCCUCAAGCGUUAUUAACACUGGACAUGGACCAAUGAGACUUAAGAGCUUUUAUAAGAACAAGAAAUGCAACAAUGUAAUGUUGGCUCGUUGCUCCGCUGGGUAGGAGAGAGACUGCGCAGAUAACAGGCUUCAUGACGGCGCACCAUCGCCCGGUGAUCCUCGUCCAGUCCACGAAAGACGUCCAGUUCCAGUCGACCUGUAACCUGUGCCGAGAGAGUCACAAAACUCAGGUCUGGCUUUGUUUCUUAGUUCUGAGCUUCUUGAGUACAUCUACGUGUGCUGCCCCUGGGCUGCCUACAAUACAACUACAGAGCUGCUUGAACACUAAAAGACUGAAAGACGCCAUUGAGAGAUCUGACGCUAUGCUGUAUGCUCCGUCAUCUAAUGAUGUUGAAGAGAAAUGCAAAAUGAUGUCACUCAGAUGUUACAUGUUGGAGUUGAUGAUGGUCAUCAAUGAGGAAGACAUCAAGGGUUCCAAAGCAAAUUGCAUUUUUGAUUUCAAUGAAAUACUUCCUGAAGCUAAACAUGUUGGCUGUCCACCAUGUGAAGCAUACUCACUUGAAAAUAUUACAGUAUUCCUGGAAAGACUAAAUAACCUUUUGCAAGAAAUGAAUAGUCGUAAUACGUAAUAGAAUGCAAAUACUGUAAGCUACAAAUUUGUAUAUAUUUAUAAAUAAUUGUGUCUCUGUUAUUUUGUAAAUAUCACACUUUAACUAUGUCAACCUGUGACAGUAUGUUGUCCUGUAUUGGAUGACGGUGCUGCCUCAGAGACCGUUGAUUGUUUUUAACUGAAGUCUCUGUCACUGUCCGUCACUAUCUGCCUUUCAGUUGUACAGUUUUGAGAGAAGUCAGAAAGUAUCAGAAAGUAGCAUACAGUAGCAGCAUGUACCGUGUAAUAUUAAACACUACAGUACUGAAUGUAACAUACAGUAUAUGCCUAAUGAACUCCAGUAUCUACAGAAUAGUUGCUCACCCAGUAAAUAAUAUCACAACUA